GGUUGUCACUCAGUACCUUACUCUUCCCUGCUUGCCUUGGAACUAACUGCUUUUCGUUCUCCUCUCCUCUACCCAUCAGCUCUCUGUACACCAUGGCCUUCGCUGGAAAGUGGGAAACCGAGUCCCAGGAAGGAUACGAUGAAUUCUGCAAGCUCCUUGGCAUUCCUGAUGACAUCAUUGAGAAGGGUCGCGACUACAAGCUCAUUACUGAGGUGGUGCAGAACGGCAAUGAGUUCUCAUGGUCCCAGCUCUAUCCCACCAACAAGACCAUCAGCAACAAGUUUGUUAUUGACCAGGAAUGUGACAUGGAGACUAUCGGAGGGAAAAAGUUCAAGGCCACAGUUACAAUGGAGGGGGGCAAGCUGAGCACAAAGUUCCCUAACUACCACCACACAUCUGAAAUCAGCGGAGGAAAGCUGAUUGAGACCUCAAUCGCGGGCUCAGUCGUGCUGAAAAGAACCAGCAAGAAGAUCUAAAGACAUUGUAACUGUGAUAUUAGCAAAAAAACUCAAACUGAAUAAUUAGUAAAUAAAGUAAGACUGCACAGCCAA